AUGACAGCCGUUGAUGCCCAGGCCUUGCCAGCUGUAUUUCAACAAGCCAUUUCGAUUGCGCGAAAGCUAAGAGUCCAAUAUAUUUGGAUCGACUCUCUUUGUAUCGUCCAAGAUAACAAGCAGGAUUGGGAGUUGGAAUCAUCCAAAAUGUGCGACUAUUACGAGAACUCCUACCUCACGAUUGCCACAGCCGCCUCGCCGAAUUGCGAUGUCCCGUUUCUACGUCCCAAGGAGGAGAAAUGGCGGCCCGUUAAGUUUGCCCUUGGUGGAAAAGAGAAAAAUGGAGAGACCAUCAAUGCUCAACGAUCACCUUACACUCCUAAAGAACAAGGAAUUUUGUUCACGCGCGCAUGGGCAUGGCAAGAAGCUGCUCUAUCGAGUCGAACUAUCUACUUCACUCCUUCAGAGCUUAUCUGGGAAUGCCGAGAGCAUGUGUUGCCUCAACGAUACCUACCUGACCUGGAUAUAUCUGAAAAGCUCGAGUUUUCUAAACGAUUAUCAAUGAUCGAGACCAUGACGUUUGAUGGAGAUAACAUAUCUCACCUGUGGGAUUUAGUAGGCACGCUAGUAAGCGCCUACUCAUCGCGUCGCCUAACUGUCCCAACCGAUAAACUGCCAGCCCUGAGUGGCGUUGCGUCCAGAAUCCAGAAAAUGACGAAUAGUCGCUAUGUUGCCGGCUUGUGGGAAGAUAACCUCAUCUAUGAUCUUUGCUGGAGUAUACAUUUCCAGCCUCUUCAAUAUGUACCACCAACAUAUGUGGCACCGUCAUGGUCCUGGGCAUCAAUUACACAAGCCGCAUAUGCUGAAAUAUCACAAACCCGCGUGAUAUUCGAAUCCCAAUUCACUGUCCUGGAAACUCACACAGAGGUCGACGGAUUAAACCCCUUUGGGAGGGUGUCUAAGGGACAUGUUCUGGUCCGGGGAAGAUGCGCCUAUGUUGAGCUUGGAUGUGACAACCCUUUUCAGACGCAGGGCUACACCAUUAGCCGACUUGACGACAAGGAAGAUAAGUGUGCCUUCCUACCUGACUGUGUGCUUCAGGCCACUUUGGAUCCGUCUGGUGAUUCAAUACUUUCUCGAGCGCGAAAUGGCCAAGAUGUGUCCAAGUUCAAAGUGGAGGCUCUCUGCCUGUACUUGGGUGUGUCAACGCUUCGCAAUGAGUUGGACAUAAGAACGCGAUACGGGUUGAUCCUGGGACCUUCAGAGGAGGAAGGUGGAUCCUUCUGUCGGCUUGGUUUCGUUUUCUUUCAUGGUGACUGUACUGAUCUUUUUCAAGAGUCCUCUGAGAAAGAAUUUAGAAUAAUCUAG